CAACGCCCCGCCCCCCGGUCGCACCGCCGCCGCUCUGCCCGCAGAUGGCACCAGACCUCGGCUGCUGCCGCGGACCUCGCUCACGCAUCCUCCCGCACACGCCCGCAGCCGCUGACGGAGCCUGGCGGCUGCUGCCGGCUCAACCACCGACCGCCUCUCCGACCGCAGCCGCACGAAGAAGAGGCGGCGGUGCGCGGAGCUCCGUCUCGCAGCAGCGCGCGGAGAUGUCGGGGGUGCUGGUCAUCGCUGCCUGGUGCUUCCUGCAAGUGGAGAGCCGGCAUCCUGAGAUCGUCACGGGCAGCAGCAAUCACGGCAAUUUCCUGGACAAUGACAAAUGGCUGAGCACCGUUUCGCAAUACGAUAAAGACAAGUACUGGAACAAAUUCCGGGAUGAAGUUGAGGAUGAUUAUGUCAGAAACUGGAAUCCAAACAAGCCUUUUGAUCAAGCUCUUGAUCCAUCCAAAGAUCCGUGUUUGAAGGUGAAGUGCAGCCCACAUAAAGUGUGUGUCACUCAUGACUAUGAAACUGCCACCUGUGUAAGCCGCAAGCAGCUGGUACACAGCAUUCGACAAAAGAAAGGAAGCUUAGCCCAGAAGCACUGGGCUGGACCAGCUAACAUGGUGAAAUGCAAGCCAUGCCCCACCAUGCAUGCCAGCCCUGUCUGCGGCUCCGAUGGACAUACAUACACCUCCAAGUGCAAGUUGGAGUUUCAUGCAUGUACUUCUGGCAAAACCAUCACAGCUCGGUGCGAAGGGCCCUGCCCGUGCCUCCCAGGGCCUGAUAGUCCAAAGCACAAGACAGAAAAGACAGCUUGCACGGACAAGGAAUUGAGGAGUCUCGCUUCGCGACUCAAAGACUGGUUCGGUGCUCUUCAUGAGGAUGCAAACCGUGUCAUCAAGCCAACGAGCUCGGAGACGGCACAAGGCAGAUUUGACACCAGCAUCCUUCCAAUUUGUAAGGAUUCCUUAGGCUGGAUGUUCAACAGGCUUGAUACGAACUACGACCUGUUGCUGGAUCCCUCAGAGAUCAGUGCCAUUUAUCUCGAUAAGUACGAGCCAUGCGUCAAACCUCUCUUCAACUCCUGUGACUCCUUCAAAGAUGGAAAGCUUUCCAACAAUGAGUGGUGUUACUGCUUCCAGAAGCCAGGUGGUCUUCCUUGCCAGAAUGAAAUGAAUAGAAUUCAAAAGCUCAGUAGAGGGAAAAGUCUGCUGGGUGCUUUCAUCCCACGGUGCAAUGAGGAAGGUUAUUACAAAGCCACUCAGUGCCACGGCAGCACAGGGCAGUGCUGGUGUGUUGAUAAGUAUGGCAAUGAGAUAGCUGGCUCGAGAAAGCAGGGGACGGUUAGUUGUGAAGAGGAGCAAGAAACCUCAGGGGAUUUUGGCAGCGGUGGAUCUGUUGUGUUGCUGGAUGAUCUGGAAGAGGAACCUGAAGCAACAAAAAAGGACAAAGAAGGGAAACUGAAGAUUCAUGUAAGAGCAGCUAAUGAAGAUGAUGAAGAUGAAGAUGAUGAUAAGGAUGAUGAAAUUGGUUAUAUAUGGUAGUGCCCAUUGUUCUGAGGACUCACGUUUUGCACAAUAUUGCAAUUCACAUCAUAUCUCUGCAAUUGUAUCUGAGAGUACCUGGCACAAAUAUUCCCUCCCUACCAAGUUUAAUUUUGUAUAGUCUAUUUCAUUUGGAAGACAGCUGCUUUUUUUUUUCCAGCAACGACUGUUUGGAAUCCAGCUUUUGUUCUGUUGGUUUGGGAGAUUUUCAUUCUAUCCGCAGGGGCAAUGAGUUUUGUUCCAAAAACAUUUCAUGUCUUAAUCCUCAGUUGCACAGCUUAUGACACAUAUCUCAUGAAAGAAGAAUCACAGAAGGGCUCAGCAAACCCGUACAAGGCUUAGAAGCCCAUCUGAUGUUAUCACAGACAAUUUGUAUCAUAAAUUGCUAUCUGGAUCAUAUCAGAAACAGUCCUUUUUCUUUCAUAGGAAAGGAAGAGGGGAAAGGCUGUGGGGUAGCCUCAUUGCAGCCUUUCGGGAAGGAAGCCUAUAAACAGGAGGGGAGUCAACUCUUUGAAAAGGCAGAUGACUGCAGGACAAGGGGGAAAUGGUUUAAAGUUGAAGGAGGUAAGAUUUACAUUGGAUAUCAGGGGGAAGUUCUUUACUAUGAGAGUGAUGAGGCACUGGAAGAGCUGCCCAGACAGGCUGUGGAUGCCCUGUUCCUGGAGGUCUUCGAGGCCAGGUUGGAUGGGGCCCUGGGUAGCCUAGUCUAGUAAAUGGGGAGGUUGGUGGCCCUGCCUGGCAGAGCAUUUUGAGAUUCAUGAUCCUUGAGGUCCCUUCCAACCCAGGCCAUUCUGUGAUUCUGGCUGACACACCACUAGGCUGCCUGGUAAGCAGUCCCUCACUGCAAGGCUGUACAGUUUGUGGAGCCACUCACCAUCAAAAGUAGUAAGCUGUCAUUUCUUUAAUUUAAAUAGUUAAUAUGUAUUUGGCCUGUUUUAAAAAGGAACUUGAUGUGGGAGUGCUUCAAAAGCAUAACUCCUGCUCAGUGUGACAGACUGCACACUCCUGACAGGCACGUACAAAAAGAAUAGUAUUAAAAUGCAAUCUAUGCUCCCCUCAGCAUCAGCCACGUAUUUAUAGCUCUACAGUUGUAUCACAGCACACUGGCAUUAAAUUAUUUGCUGUGUCCUUUCCUGUGGCAGUUCUCUGAUGCAGGAACGUACUGCGGUGACCUUUCAUUAGUUUUGCUGUUUUCAGGACCUCUAAGUGGGGAGAGCCAAGGAGAGCACUGUGCAUCCACACACAGACUGCCUGGUGGUGGGGUAGGCACUGUUGGCUUCGUUUGAAUUGUAGAAAAACUCUUAAAAACAAAUUUCCCUUCAGCCUACCACUCUGAGUGGUCUCACUCUCCACACUUACCUAUUUUUCUACAUUCCUGCAUCCCUUUGCAGUGGCUCUUCCAGCCACAUGCAUCACUGAGAGGGCACACAGUCCAUCCCUUCUGUCCACAGCUCACCAGGGCACAGCAAGUCCAACCAAGCCCUCAGAAGGAAUGCCAGGUCCAAGCUUAUGGCCUUCCUGGAUCUUGUACAAAAUCUGCAACUGCUCAAACAAAAGCUGUUAAAUAAGGUUUUGUAAAGCAAUGUGGGCAUCCCUCAGUUUACGUGAGCAGAGGUGCCAGCAGCAGCCAUUUCUCAUCCUCACUGAUCCUAUCCUAGCUACAAUGUUAUGUCUCACCAUUCCAAAUCUGCACUGGAAAAAUAAAUACAGUUUUAUUAUGGACUAGUUCAGUAGGCUGCAGCUAUCACAGUGUAAAGAAAAUAACAUCAAAUAAUGGGGCAGGGCCUUACCAGGAAGACAACAGGCAGAUCUCUGUGCUUUGAAUGGCAGCUCAGGCUGCAUUUUGCCUCAGAUAGCAUGAAGUUAUUUAACAAAGCCCUGCUGAAAUCCACCAGCGCUGUGCAAUGUUAGGGGGACCUGUGGUUUAUGUAUACAUACACGUGUAUAUUGAGACAAUAAAUCCAAGGUGUUUUAUUUCCUUAAAAUAAAAACAGCCAAGAAAUCUACCAAGAACCAACGCUUUGUCAGAUCAAACCCUUUUUCAUGCUUUGUAAAGGAUUUAAUUUGCUCGCAGCUUAAUUUAAUUCCUUUUUCUUUUUUUCUUCUUCCCAAAGCAGAACUUCCCAUCUGCAUCAAGUCAUUGACCUUUCAAACAUUUUCUCAUUGUGAAAAAUGGAAUCAGAGUUGCCCCAUUCUUUUAGAGACACAAACCAAUUUUUAAUCUCAUUUUCUUUUCAUAUUAGGGACUAUGAAAUACUGUUAGGUGUUGCUUUAUGGUUCAAGGUGUCCUUUUAACUACUGUGGUUAAAUCAAAAUCUCCUUGAGUUCAGAUUUCAGCACAGUUGGGUUUUUUGGGUCAUUACUGGCCUUUGCUGUGAACACAAAGAAUCCUUUUCUUUUCUUUGUCUUUUUUUUCCAGGCUGUUCCAUAGUAUUAUUUUAAACUAUUAGACUGUUUAUUUAAUAUUUAUUCUACAGUUUAUAUUGAAAAUGUAAAGUUUAUAUUUAAAACAACACUGUUUGUUAGUGAAUGCUUCUCCUUGCCUCUCCAGCCUAGUCUGUUAGUCUCAGUGUACAUUUCUGGCAUGGGAAUAUUUUGAUAUUAGAGGUUUUGUAGCAUUUUUCCCUUUGAGCAGCAAAUGACAUAGAUCUGAGGUCAUCACUCAAUACAGACCACCGGCUCGCCCAAGCUUAGCUUCCUACAUUUGUUGGCUUUUAUUGCGGUCCCUUCUGUAUGCCAUUCAGUUUCCUUUAAUACAUAGACUGCUUUGUACAGUUACUAUACAUCAAAAAGCCCUUUCUACAGUAGGUGGUUUUUGGUCUUUUUAUACUUUUCUCAAUGCUGUUGAUGUCCGUUACUGUUCAAUGUGUAGAUCUGUAAGAAGAGACCCAAAUAUUACGUGUUUCAGUUUGAUGUCCCUACUGUAGAUGGAUGUAGGCUAUCAUAGUAAGUAGAACCGCAUAGUAAAUUCUGAAUGCUUUUUCCAUAAGGAGUUAAGUGGAAUGUGAACAUUUUGCUAUCUUCCUUUGGUUAACUGUAAAUGCUUAACUGUAGUCUGGAAUAGUUGCAUUUUUGUCUGUCUCAAUAAAUUUUAAUUUGUCUGCGACUCGUGA